GUAGGUGCCGGUGCAAGCUCGCGCCUCACACUGCCUGGCGGAGGGAAGGAGCCCGGGCGCUGGGCGCCGCUCCCCGCUCCCAGCUCCGCCGCCCGAGCCGCCCGCCGCCCGCACCUCCCCGCCGCCCGCAAAGCAUGAGCGAGCCCGCUCUCCGCAGCCGCCCCGGGCGCGAAUGGCAGGCGGUCUCCGCGGAGCAAAAGGUGGCGCCGGUCAGUGGUCCUUUCCAAUGACGGACAUUAACCAGACUGUCAAAUCCUGGGGAGUCGCGAGCCCCGAGUUUGGAGUUUUUUUUUUUUCCCCCACAACGUCACAGUCCGAACUGCAGAGGGAAAGGACAGCGGCAGGAAGGCGAAGCCCCGGUUCCCGCACGCAGUUGGGAAACUUGCGGGUCCUAGAAGUCGCCUCCCCGCCUCGCCGGCCGCCCUGCAGCCCCGAGCGGAGCAGCAAAGUGAGACAUUGUGCGCCUGCCAGAUCCGCCGGCCGCGGACCGGGGCUGCCUCGGAAACACAGAGGGGUCUUCUCUCGCCCUGCAUAUAAUUAGCCUGCACACAAAGGGAGCAGCUGAAUGGAGGUUGUCACUCUCUGGAAAAGGAUUUCUGACCGAGCGCUUCCAAUGGACAUUCUCCAGCCUCUCUGGAAAGAUUCUCGCUAAUGGAUUUCCUGCUGCUCGGUCUCUGUCUAUACUGGCUGCUGAGGAGGCCCUCGGGGGUGGUCUUGUGUUUGCUGGGGGCCUGCUUUCAGAUGCUGCCCGCCGCCCCCAGCGGGUGCCCGCAGCUGUGCCGGUGCGAGGGGCGGCUGCUGUACUGCGAGGCGCUCAACCUCACCGAGGCGCCCCACAACCUGUCCGGCCUGCUGGGCUUGUCCCUGCGCUACAACAGCCUCUCGGAGCUGCGCGCCGGCCAGUUCACGGGGUUAAUGCAGCUCACGUGGCUCUAUCUGGAUCACAAUCACAUCUGCUCGGUGCAGGGGGACGCCUUUCAGAAACUGCGCCGAGUUAAGGAACUCACACUGAGUUCCAACCAGAUCACCCAACUGGCCAACACCACCUUCCGGCCCAUGCCCAACCUGCGCAGCGUGGACCUCUCGUACAACAAGCUGCAGGCGCUCGCGCCCGAUCUCUUCCACGGGCUGCGGAAGCUCACCACGCUGCACAUGCGGGCCAACGCCAUCCAGUUCGUGCCCGUGCGCAUCUUCCAGGACUGCCGCAGCCUCAAGUUUCUCGACAUCGGAUACAAUCAGCUCAAGAGUCUGGCGCGCAACUCUUUCGCCGGCUUGUUCAAGCUCACCGAGCUGCACCUGGAGCACAACGACUUGGUCAAGGUGAACUUCGCCCACUUCCCGCGCCUCAUCUCCCUGCACUCGCUCUGCCUGAGGAGGAACAAGGUGGCCAUUGUGGUCAGCUCGCUGGACUGGGUAUGGAACCUGGAGAAAAUGGACCUGUCGGGCAACGAGAUCGAGUACAUGGAGCCCCAUGUGUUCGAGACCGUGCCACACCUCCAGUCCCUGCAGCUGGACUCCAACCGUCUCACCUACAUCGAGCCCCGUAUCCUCAACUCCUGGAAGUCGCUGACGAGCGUCACCCUGGCCGGGAACCUCUGGGACUGUGGGCGCAACGUGUGCGCCCUGGCCUCGUGGCUCAGCAACUUCCAGGGGCGCUACGAUGGCAACUUGCAGUGCGCCAGCCCGGAGUACGCACAGGGCGAGGACGUCCUGGACGCCGUGUACGCUUUCCACCUGUGCGAGGAGGGGGCCGAGCCCACCAGCGGCCACCUGCUCUCGGCCGUCACCAACCGCAGCGACCUGGGAUCCUCCGCCGGCCCGGCCACCACUCUCGCUGACGGCAGGGAGGGGCAGCCCGACAGCACGCCUGAGCUGGCUACCGUGGCCCUCCCCGGCGGCGAGCACGCCGAGAACGCUGUGCAGAUUCACAAGGUGGUCACCGGCACCAUGGCCCUCAUUUUCUCCUUCCUCAUCGUGGUCCUGGUGCUCUAUGUCUCUUGGAAGUGUUUCCCAGCCAGUCUCAGGCAGCUCAGACAGUGCUUUGUGACGCAGCGCAGGAAGCAAAAGCAGAAACAGACCAUGCAUCAGAUGGCUGCCAUGUCUGCCCAGGAAUACUACGUUGAUUACAAACCGAACCACAUUGAGGGAGCCCUGGUCAUCAUCAACGAGUAUGGCUCGUGUACCUGCCACCAGCAGCCCGCGAGGGAAUGCGAGGUGUGAUUGUCCCAGUGGCUCCCAACCCGUGCGCUACCAAAUAUGCCUGGACAGCCGGGGCGGGCCGGCGAGCACCAGGCUGGGGUCCUCCUGUCUGUGCUCUGAUAUGCUCCUUGACUGAAACUGUAAGGGGAUCUCUCCCAGAGACUUGACAUUUUAGCUUUAUUGUGUCUUAAAAACAAAAGCGAGAUAAAACACAACAAAACCCCACCCCACAACCUUCAGGACAGUCUAUCUUAAAUUUCAUAUGAGAACUCCUUCCUCCCUUUGAAGAUCUGUCCAUAUUCAGGAAUCUGAGAGUGUAAAAAGGUACCAAUCAAUCAAUCAUUGAUUUUUUUUUUGGUAAACUUAAAAUGUUUAAAAUAAAAUAGCAUUUACAGUUUUUA